GCCAGCGGCAUUGCCUGCUGAUUAGAAUGUCAACAAACAAAAGGAAUAAGAAAUUAUUAACGCGAUUGUUGCUUGAAUUAUUGUCAAUUUUGAAUUUGGAAAUUCGUUGCGAGUCCGUUGCGGUUCAAAUUCGCAAUGGAACCCAGCGAUUUGGUAACGUUUUCGACGCUUUACGAUGCAUUGGCGAUUGCCAAAACAAAGAGGUCAAGAGUUGAAAAUCUUUUGCCUAUGAAGGAAUUGGCCAUGCGGACAAUCAUCAGCUACGACGUCCGAAUCCAAUCAUCACCUUUGUUGCUGCACUUGCCUCUGUGUUUGAAACUCGAAAUCCUGGAGCGGAUGCAAGCCAAGGGCAUAUUGAAAGGGAGAAGCAGCUCACCAUGCCUUUGGUCAAAGACUUGAUUUUUGGAAUGCUGAACAGCCUGUUGGACGCUGCUACUAAGAAAUUUGAUUUCAUAGUCUUCUCCACCUACCACAAAUUAGACAAGCAGCGCGACCUGGACAUGUGGAAGCUGCUUGUUUGGAAGUGUCCCAAUUUGAAGCAAAUUUCAGACACUCGAAAGCAUCGAAGGCUAACUCCAUCGCAGCCUAAGGGACUGGUGAAAGGGAUCGGAAAAUUCAAGCUUCAAGAUGUCAAGGACUUCCUGCUCCAGUUGCCCAAUCUCCAGCACAUGAGCCUUGAGCAGUACGAGUGUGAUAAGGAAGACAUGGCAUGGAUCGCUAAGCACUUCCCGAAUUUGAUCACCCUCGGCGUUUCCUUGAAAAACGUCACUUCCUGUUUGCUUCCCAACUUAUUUUGUCUGCAGAAGUUGGAAGUACUGAUUGUUCACAGGGAUAGAUACGUCGGAGAAAUGCCCAACAGAAAUCUUGAAGUGGCGUGCUUGAAGAAUUUCCCCCGACUGCGUUUCUGCUCCUUUUAUCCUGAAGACACACUGUACAUCACUGAUGUGACAGAUGAUGAUCUCCCUAACAGAGAUCCAGGGCAGCCCCUUCCACUCGAGCGCUUAACUACUUGUCAUUUUAUCAAAUUUCAACGCACGCCUUACUUGACACAUCUCGAGUUUUCUGAGGAACCAGAGGGCGACCCAGCACCCUGUAUCUUCUUGACCAACUUGAGAGUAUUGAAAGUACAUAAUCACAGGGGAAGUCUUGUUUGCCAUAUUUUGACCCUAUGUGGCAAGCAGUUGGAGGAACUCAUACUGAAGUGCGAGUAUGGGGACGACCCGCUGGAUUUGUGUGACAUUUUCAUGCUCUGCCCGCGCCUGCACAAGCUAGAUAUUUAUACUCUCAACGUUGAGUCAAAGCCAUUCAACAACCAACUGAAUGCCAGUCACUUCCAAAGCCUGAAGGAGUUCUCUUUGGACUGGGGGCUCAGCUACAACUAUGCCUCUCAACUGAUGGCCCUUGUUCUUGCAGCUCCCCUUCUUGAGUGCUUCAUAAUGAGGAAAAGCUUCACCAUGACAACUGAGGUUUGCACUCAAUUGCACCGACCUCUGAUCGAGGGAAAAAUUCUGCAGCAACUCAAGAAGUUCAAGUUUGGCUCCAACCAUGAGCAGCCUGCCCAGCCUGCCGAGUUGCUCCAAUUUCUCCUUCUGCUGCCAGUCCAUGCUCCCCGACUUGAAAAGAUGAAGUGCCUUGGAGCUCAUCAUUCGUUUUGGAGUCAGAUCCAGGCAUCGCCAAUGGAAUUACUAAAUGCCAUUGAACGCUUCGUGUACAAUUGAUUCCAGGAGCUGGUUUUUUACUCUCGUGGUUAUGAAGAUGACUGAUUUAAUUAUCUCAAGAAAAACAACAAUAAAACUAUAGUUAUGUUUGAAUCAAUUCAAUUGUUGUUUGAAAUUAAAAUUUCUUUAGCUUCAUUUCCAGCUAAAUUUAUUAUUCGGCUUAAUCUGCAAUUAUUAUAUUUCUGAAAUUAUUUAGAUUACAAUGUUUAAAUAUAUUUAAUAAUUGUGGAUCUCAUCUAAUUGUUUGAAUAUGUGCACUGUCACUUGAAUCGGUGCUUUAAUUAAAUUUAUAAUUUUUUUUAUCAAUUUCUUGGUAUGGAAAAACUGGCGCCCACUGCAGUGCAAACAAUUUGUACCUAUCUGUCUCAUGUCUGUUAAAAUGAGACUAACUAAUAAGGUGUUGUCUCAAGUCUUAAGUUCUGCUUAUUUUGUUCAUGUUCAGCGUCUAAAGUACUGUAUUUCUCUGUCUUUAAUGAGGAGACCAGCGUUGCCCCUAAUUUCAAACCUCCUAAAUGUUUUGAAAAUUAUUUAUUAUUAUUAAUUUGUCUUAAAUUAUUUUUUCAUUUCCCAUAAAAUGCAUUUACCCGAAAAUGCAUUUGUCCUGUCAUUUCCCCGUAAAGUACUUAAUAAAUAAUUCUAUGCGAUUUUCAGGAAAGUACAAAUCUAUAUGAAACUGAAGCAGACUUUAAAAAAGCAACGCAGGUGCUCAUGGCUGUGUCUUUGCCAGUGGCGGCGUUUCAAAGUGUGUCCAAUGAAGAAUUUUUUUUUAUUAUUAUUAAUAUUGUCUAGUUCUUUUAAGUCAGUUUAUAUAAUUAUUAUUUGAAAUAUGAUUAUUUUGUAUGAUUAAGGGGGUAAAUAGAAGCACUUUUAAGUAAAAUUUAUUAAUUAUUUCUCUUAUGCUAAAGACAAAUAAAAAUAAAUUAACCAAGCUUCAUCAAUUUUCUAACAUUUCAACUCACUGUCGUUU